AUGCUUUCAAUCGGUCAGAUCAAGCUGCCGGUUAAAAAAUGCGAGUUAAUCUUACAAAAGACACAGCUCGGAUGGGUAAUCGUCGGAGGUAUAGGCAACGAAGAACAAAAUUCCGUAAUAUCGUGUAAUCUGAGCAGUUUAUCCGAACAGUUGGCCAGAUUCUGGGUGAUCGAGGACGCGACUUCUAAGUCAUCGAAGCCCGCGGAGGAAUUGUCGUGCGAAAAUCAUUUCGCAAAAACAUCAAUACGCCACGCGAAUGGUAGAUACGUCGGUAAACUAGAUUCAAAUCCCGAUCUCAAGAUACAGUAUCAUAAGAACAUGCAGGAAUACAUUGAUCUGGGACACAUGUCUCUCGCGACGAAUGAAAAUAGGGACGGCUACUACAUGCCUCAUCACGCCGUAAUCAAAGUAUCCAGUAGCACCACUAAAGUUCGCGUAGUUUUCGACGCAUCCGCGAAAACGGAUAAAGGCAUUUCAUUGAACGAGAUGUUAAUGGUUGUUCCGUCCGUUCAACGGAAAAAACAGAGUUUAUGA